AUGCUUGUUCAUGUCUCAAAUCCUACCACGCUCGUGCGGUUGUCUCGCUCUCUCAGCCUUGUGCAUACGUCCAGAGCCUUGAACGAUGACCCAAGGUGGCCUGGCUGGGAUGUGGUCGUGGGCAUAGAAGUCCAUGCGCAGAUAAAAUCGCGCCACAAGCUGUUCUCUGAGUGUGGCCAAGGCUCCUUGACUUCGGACUACAGUGUGCCUCCAAACACCCGAGUGUCUCCAUACGACGCCGCAUUUCCCGGCACCUUACCUCGGCUGAAUCCGAGAUGUGUUGAGCUCGGUGUAAGAACUGCUAUUGCACUCAACGCAAGCGUUCAGCGACGGUCCUCCUUUGAUAGGAAACACUACUUCUACGCCGAUUUGCCCGCUGGAUACCAGAUCACGCAGCAUUACGCACCUUUCGCCACGGACGGACGUCUCACCUUAAGCAAAGAAGACGUCCAUGUACGCAUCAAACAGCUUCAACUUGAACAGGAUACCGGAAAGUCUACCUUUGACCCGCGCAACCGUGUGUCAGAGAUCGAUCUAAACAGGGCUGGCACCGGUCUCAUGGAGAUUGUGUCUGAGCCAGACAUGCGUUCGCCUGAGGAGGCUGCUGAUUAUGUUCGCACACUGCAGGCAUUGCUUCGGUCCGUUGGAUCUAGUGACGGAAACAUGGAGCAGGGCUCUCUGCGCUGCGAUGUAAACGUCUCAGUGAAUCGACAAGGCGCCCCCUUGGGCACCCGGUGUGAGAUAAAGAAUUUGAACAGUGUCAAGUUCAUGAUGAUUGCCAUAGUCUCGGAAGUCCAUCGACAUAUUGACCUGCUGGAACAAGGCCUCGCGGUUCCGCAAGAGACACGCGGAUUCAAUGAAGACAGGGCGGAGACGUAUUCUCUACGUAGCAAAGAAGAUGCACCGGACUACAGGUAUAUGCCCGACCCGAACCUUCCGCCAUUAUUAUUGAACGAGGCUUACGUUACCGAGAUUUGUCAAAGCAUGCCCGAGUUACCUCAGGCUGCUAGGGCGCGCUUGCUGGCCCUAGGACUGUCUCGGAGGGAUGUGGAUGUGCUUAUGGACAUAGAUUCAGGGCGUGAGAUCACCUUUGAUGGCCAGCGUAGUGGGGGGGCUCUAGCGUAUUUCGACCAAGUUGCCCAGAGACGUGACCCCAGAUUGGUGGUCAACUGGAUCACACAUGAAUUAUUGGGGCAGCUUGCAUCCCGCAGAGAGACAUUUUCUGAGAAUUCGAUCUCAGUUGAGCAAAUGGGGGGCCUCAUUGACCUCCUCCAUAAUAAGAAGAUCACAGGAACAUCCGGCAAGUCCUUGAUGCGGCAUAUACUAGCAACCCGCACAACAACAAUGCCAUCAACACUCGCGCAGGAACUCUCACUACUUGCCUCUCCUGCAGAUGAUUCCAAUCUGGAAGCAUGGUGUGCGGAAGCCAUCGCAGCUUUGCCUGAGGAAGCAGAUGCAGCUCGACGAGGAAAUGCCAACGUUGUGAAUAAGAUUGUUGGCCGAGUUAUGAAGGCCAGCAGGGGGACCGCGAAUGCCCAGUCGGUUAAAGCUAUGUUGUUGAAGUUGCUGCAUUGA